CACCGUGAAUCAGCAGAAUGGAAGGCGUGCUUUCUUUCCUCUUCAAACUUUACCAAGCAAAGCAGCAAGUGGUUGAAAUUAACUUUGUAUCACUGUGACUGCGGUACCGUUUGAGAAGAAGAAGGAAGCCCGACAGGUAAAAAGAUACAACGCUAGGUCCUAUCAAUGUAGAAUGGCCCAGCCCUGCUCUGUGCUCUCGAUCCCCAGCCUGGAUGUGGUGAACCAUACCCUGAUCAGGACCAGCUCCGGGGCCUGCCUGAGAGGUGAGCUCCGAGGUCACGGCCGUCAGGUGUCCAUUAAAGUGCUGACUGUCCGACGCACUACAGAGAGCGACUGGACUGAGCGUCUCAAGGAGAUCGCACUGGUGUGCCGGGUCCGAUCAGACCAGGUCAUGGUUCCUCUCGGGAUCUAUCGCUCCAAUCUCUUCCUGGGCUUGGUCUCUGAGUGGAUGGGUAGUUGCUCGCUACACUCCCUCUUGCAUGAGUGCCAGCUAUUUCCUGAGUUGCCCUUGCCACUUCUCCUCAGAAUUCUAUUGGAUGUUGCUGAAGGGGUGUGUCACCUGCACAGCCUGACUCCGCCUCUUCUUCACCAGGCUCUUAAGUCUAGCAACGUCCUGCUCGACACUCAGAACCGGGCUAAGGUGUGCGACUAUGGGCUGUCUCAGUGGAGAGCCUGGAAUCUGCAGUCAGUCCCUGCAGACUACAGUGGUCUGUGCAGCCGUGACGUGGCCUAUUUAUCACCAGAGACCUUGCGAGGCGAGGCACCGUCUGCAGAGGGAGACGUAUACAGUUUUGCCAUUCUCAUGUGGGAGACUCUCAGCAGGAGAAGGCCAUAUCAAGAUAUUGGUCAGCCCCAGGAUCUGGUCUCAUCCGUCCAGGGUGGAGCGCGCCCCAAUACUGGGGAGGCGUUUAUACCAGGUGCCGUGCCUCAGCGAAACUCCCUGAUCCAGCUGAUGACACAGUGCUGGCACCCUGAUCCACAAACCAGACCUCAGAUCAGAGAUUGUGUCCUGGAGCUGCGCAGAGUUGUGGAGACUUUUCACCCUGACACACUUUCACAGGCUGACCAGCAGCUGAAAGAAACGAAGGAGAGGGUGCUAGAGGGCUGCAAGGACCAGUUGACCCACGUGAUACAGGUUGAGAUCAACAACCUGGAGAUUUCCAGUAGGAAUCCCAAGAAUGCUGGAAACAAGUUCGUUCCCACGGAAACAGUACAGAUGUUGACAUCUGCACCAGUGGGCCCUGACCCUAACAGGACAAGCCCAAAAACUCUGACAGUCCCCCAGAUGGGGCGACGCGCUCCAUUGGAGGCUGUGCCCCAGAGAGAGAGCUGUAGCUUUGCCAGUUCUUUGCCCAGCAUGCCAGCCUGCCCCAGAGUUGAUGGAGGGGAGCGACAGAGCAGCCCAGGCAUUUGCUAUGCUGUGCAGAGCCCUCCACCCCCACCCCUGCACCGAACAGGCUCCUUCAGCCAGCCUGAUCAAUGCACACUGGCGUGGUUUCCAGAGAGGAGCUGCUGCCGGAUCCUGCAGGCCAGGCGGGGCUCCAUCGUUCGUGGGAUGACGGAGGGGAGGCUGAACUACGUGCUGGACAGGCUGCGUUCACGGCAGGCGCUGGCCCGAGAGGACUACGAGUACAUCACGGCUGCCCUGACGCUGGCGGCCCGCACUCGCUGCCUUCUGGACACCUGCCUGUGCCUGGGAGAAGGGACGGCUCAUCUGGUAGUGCAGGCCCUGGGCCUGGGCUCAGCCGGGGGGCUGUGCCAGUAAGAGGGUCGCUGGGCUGGGUGAUUGAACUCGCAGGAGCAGGCUGUGUCGGGGAGGGGGGUGAAUACACCCUGGGAUUCAAACGUAAAUGCAAUCAUGUGAUAUCCAAACUUGAAUUGGAAAGUUCUCAUUUAUAACUAUCAUGAAAUUGAUCCUGGGAUUCAAAUCGAAAUGCAGUCGUGCAAUAUCCAAACUUGUGAUUGAAAGUUCUCAACAGUAUAAUGAAGCAGGCUAUUGAAGAAACUAUUUCAAAUACAUAAUAGUACAAGUGUUGUAAUCUGCACACACAUUUACAGCAAAGGAAAGACAAAGAAACUCCUUAGGCAGAAGUGGGUAUGUUUGGGUUCACUUGUCAAGGCGUUUUGUUUCGCAGAAUUGAACGGUUUUUUGUCAUGUUAAUAUAUUUAAGUGUAUUUGUUAAACCAUCACAGUUUUAAUAGUUUUUAUAAAACGUUAUACUUUGCUGUGUCAUUUAUAGUAGUUAUAUCUACUGGCAAGGCUGAUGAGAGCCUCAUCUCAUGAAUGUUUUGGUUCUGCUCUUUUCAUGUUAAGGACCGUAGCCAAGGGGGCAGGAGUUUUAUAGUCAUUAACUUAAAAUGUAAUAAAUAUUCAAUUAUGUGCCAAGCACACUGCAGGAGGGGGGUUGCAUUUCCCUUUUUUUAUUGCAUGUUACAAAUAUUAGCUGUUUCUAACCUGUGCAAGUCUGUGGUGCAUGUAGUUGACCUAUAAGGCAUAAUAUUAUAAUUGGAGGUGGGUUUUAUUUGGAGACAGUUUUCUGUUUAUACACCUGACCUGUUUAUUAUACAGGUCAAGGUCACCCCUGCUGAUAUUCUUCUCUAAGGUUUGCGAGUGUGGUAUAUUAUAGCAUUUCCAUAUUAGUUACGCACUAUGAAGUCAUUAUUCUGUGCUGUAAGCAUGCUGCAGCAGUAAUUCCAGAAAUAUGUAAAGCAGUAGAACAGAAUCACACCCUAGGCAUUCGUACAUUUCAGUGCAGGAUUUAUAUUGAAAUUCCUGCACUCCCUGCUCACAAGACAACAGCUGUAUUUAGCAUGAUUAUAUAUCAUUGUGUAGUACUGGGUAUAAGUAUCUUGAAUCAAGAACAAUGGAUCAGCUAAUAUUGUUGCAUUUGUUAGUUAUUGUUUUUAUUAUAGUCAUUGUUAUGCUUCCUUGAGAGACAUAUGUACAACACAUCAAAACUUAAAUAUUAAUAUAAUAAAAAUUAAAUAUUUGAAAAUUUUAA